AUGGACGGCGCAAGCAACAAUAUCAGUGCGGCCAACAUUGUCAAGGCUGAGUUUCCAAAGGUGCAGUACAUCCGAUGCGCGGCUCACUCUCUCAACAACUUGAUGAAAGACAUUGGAGGCCGCAAAUGGGCUGCCAAGUUCAUUACCAAGGCGCAGGAUCUCAUUUCGACUUUGAAGAACUCAAAUUGGAUCACGGGUUACUUUCGUGAGCAGAAUUCUCUUGUGCUACUCAAGCCCGCAGGCACUCGAUUCGGAACCAAUUACAUUGCGCUGCAGCGUCUGCUAGAUGUGCGUCGUGUUCUUGACCAAAUGGUGCUGACCCCAGGAUGGACAGCAAAUGCGCAUGGGAAGAAGCGGAUGGUUAAGGCACGCACCGUGAUAAGGGAUGACAGUUUUUGGGAGGGCGUGGAGAGGGUCGUGUGUGUCAUGAAGCCGAUUUACACUCUCUUGAGAGCAGUCGACGGGAACCAGGAGAUUAUGGGGAAGAUUUAUGAUAUGAUGCUGGAUUUAGAGGAGUCGAUGAAGGGGGCAUGCAGCUGCCUACGGUCUAAGGAGAGCAAGCGGAUUUUGGGAGCCGUGCGUCGGCGUUGGAACAAGAACAUCAACUGCGCCUUACACCAAUUCAUUCGGGACUACUACAAGGGGGAAUAUGUGGUGGAUAGUGAUGGGACAAAGUUUCCGAUGGCGACCAUUGUUGAGAAGGAGGUGCUGAUUUAUGUGAAAGGAGAAGGCUUCAUCGAGCAUGAGAAGCGACUCUUCAAGCCUGGCCAUGAGUCAAUUCAAAUUGAGGAGCAGCAGCGGGAUUCAUAUGAACCGCUUGAUGAUGACGACAUCCCCGACGAGGCAUACUUCGAAGAGCAGGAGAAGGGGGAGGAAGGGGAGGAGGACGGGGAGGGGGAGGAGGAGGGGGAAGGGGGGGAGGAGGAGGAGGGGGAGGGGGAGGAGGAGGGGGAGGGGGAGGAGGAGGAGGAGGAGGAGGCCGAGGAGGAGGAAGAGGAGGAGGAGGGGGGGGGAAGGGGAGGAGGAAGAGGAGGGGGGGGAAGGGGAGGAGGAAGAGGAGGAGGAGGAGGAGGAGGAGGAGGAGGAGGAGGAGGAGGAGGAGGAGGAGGAGGAGGAGGAGGAGUAGAGAUGGUGUGCUGGCUCUAA